AACCAGCCCCCUUUCGUCUGUUGCCUCAAACAUUUCAAAAAUCUAUGCCACCCUCUCCGUCUGCCUCGCCCUCACGAGGUUGUUCUAGUAUCUUCUGUUCCUGGCUCCUUAGAUGUAUUUAAGGGCCCCCCAAAUUACUGUACUGUCAUUACCAUACAAUCAGUCAUCGACAGAAGUACUGCUAUCUGCCGCCAAUCCUCCUACCAACCGCUACGUACUACAAUACACAAUCGGUCAAUAUAUAUACUGCUGCUGUUUCGUUUGGAUUCAACCGACAAGAAGUCUUCCUAUAGGUGAAGGUUGUGUUCUACCAUGACGGACAAAGUGAAGUUUGUCAGAGUGUAUGGCUUUAUGUAUCGAAGGUUAGUUGAGAUCCAGGAUGAACCGUUCAUCUUACUCUGCGCAGCUGUUGGCUCGCUUGCCGCCAUGCUUCUCGCUUUUACAAGAAGACAAGACCGGUUGAGAGAUGAACAAAACCAAGGUGAACAAAACGAUUAAUUUUUUUAGAAAGUAUUACGUGCAAUGAUACCUGGUUAUUCGUUUGUUUAUUACUUGCUGUGCUGCCAUUGCAAUUUGCUGAGAUAUAUCCAGGGCACGGCACAGGUGGCUUAGCAAGCAAGCUGGAUAUCGUUUUCGGGGAAAAAGCAAG